AUGGCGCCCGUCAGCAACAAGUCCCUCAUCUACAAGAGCGUCCCGGAGGGGAUGAUCAAGGCCAACGUGAACAUGGCCCUAGAGGAUAAGCCUCUGGAGCUCACGCCACCACCUCAGGGCUUGGUCGUCAAGACGCUGGUCCUGGGUUUCGACCCCCACAUGCGCGACCGCAUGAAGGGCCCUACUUUCGAGAGCUACGUUCCAGGUUAUGUUCCGGAGGAGCCCAUCGCUGGCUUCUCCGUCGCCCAGGUGGUUAAGAGCGACAAUGAGAAGUUCAAAGAGGGCGAAAUCAUUUCGGGUGUGUUGCCUUUCGCCGAGUACGCCGUUGUACCGGUCGAGCUCAUUGAGUACAAGCCUAUGGCUUCGCACAUGAUUUGGAAGGUGGAGAACAAGUACAACAUCGACUUGGGCAACUGGGUCGGCGCCCUAGGCCUGGCUGGCCAGACGGCCUGGAACUCCUUCUACGGCCUCGUCAAGCCCAAGAAAGGCGAGACCAUCUGGGUCAACGCCGCCUCGUCCACUGUUGGUGAGAUCGUCGUGCAGCUCGCCAAGAAGGAGGGUAUGCGCGUAAUCGGCAGUGUCAGCUCGGAUGAGAAGGCCGAGUACGUGAAGUCGCUCGGCGCGGAUGAAUGCUUCAACUACACCAAGGAGAGCUGCAACGACGCGCUGAAGAGGCUCGCACCCGAGGGGGUGGACGUCGUCUACGAGAACGUCGGAGGCGACCACUUCCAGGCUGCCCUCACAAACAUGAAGUGGUUCGGUCGCAUUAUUGUUUGCGGCAUGGUGUCCGAGUACAACAAGCCGCCCUCGGAGCAGUUCGGAGUGACCAACCUUGCCGAAAUCUUCCGCAGGCGUAUUAACAUCCAGGGCUUCGUCUUCUGGGACCACAAUAUCUAUACUGACAACAUUGACAAGUUCUGGGAGGUCAUGCCUAAGUGGAUCGCUGAGGGCUCAGUCAAAGCUCGUGCUACCAAGUUCGAGGGCAUCGAGUCGGCUCAGGACGCGUUCCUGUCGCUUUUCACCGGCAAGACGUUUGGCAAAGCUACUGUAAAGGUCGCAGAGCCUUCAACUUAA